GAAGAGACGAUUGUGCCACUAUGUAUGCAAAUCAACCCACUCUUCAAGAACAUCAUUCAUCUCAUCUCACAGUCAAUCCACCGGUACUCUAAGGUUUGAGCUACCAUGUCCUAUACACAGGCCUAUCCCCAGUACCAAAGGCCUUCAUACGCGGAUCAACAACCAAGCUGGAACGGUGUUGAAUUCGCCACCCCCAACUCCUUUGGGAGCUACCCUCAGUAUCCCAAAGAACAGCCUUACUAUGAUUCCAACGCCGUGCCUUCAAGCGAGCAGAAUGCGCCGUCGCCCGUCUAUUCACAGUUUCUGAAUUUCGAUGCUGCUGGGCCGGAUGCCAGCCUGACAGGCACAGACAACGCCAAUGCCAUCUCCUCCCAACAAUUCUUCAACCCUUCGUCUAUCCCAACCGACAACACUCCACAAUAUGCCGACUUUGCCAUCAAGACCGAGCCCGGCUUCGAACAGAACGACCCAGCCUUCUCAUGUGGGUUGAACCUGAUGCAGGAUAACAACAUGUCCCCGCAAAGCUGUGGACCCGUACCAGCAUGCCUGCAGCUUCUCGAGAACCCGGAGAUGGAAGACUUCAACCUGCCAGGGUCUCCGCUGUCGCCCAAACUGUCCAACGCAGACGGGGAGCUCAUGAGAAUACCGUCACGGAUUAGUUCGGGCAAUGGCAGGCCGCUGAGAAGGGCGAGCGACGACAGUGUCGCCAAACCCCGAGGCAGACGGGCACGCAAGAGUUCCUCCAGCGACGAGGAGGCGGCCCAGGCCCGAGCCAAACAAGCCCACUCGAUCGUCGAACGGAGAUACCGCGACAACCUCAACGGCAAGAUCAUGCAGUUGCACCGUACCCUCAGCGCCAUCGGCUCGCCCGCUCGCAUCGCGGGCCUGUCGACCGACGAGCCGCCCAGCGCGAACGACCAGCGCACUCGGGUGCGCAAGUCCGACGUCAUGACGGACGCGGUCAACUACGUGCACCAGAGCGAGGUGUCGAUGCGGCACAUGACGGACGAGAUCAAGAGACUGAGCGACCGGGUGCGGACGCUCGAGAAGCUCGUCAAGUGCGAAGACUGCGCCCUGCUCAAGCAGAUGGUCCGGCUCCAGCUUCACUCACAACAGAACCAGCAGGCCCAGCAGGCCCAGCAGGCGCAGAUGUAGAUGCCGCAGCAAUGACAGCGGUCGUCAAAGCGACCCUGACCGACUGCGGAUCAUCAGAAGAUUGUUCCAUGCCAGCAACAUUGCCUUGCUGUUGUAUCCAUUCAACAUCAACCACGGGACCACAGGACCACAGGACCACCCUCCCCAUCAUCCGGUGACGACAAGCGCAUCACGACUCUAUCAAGUACCAGUCGCAACUGCAAGACUUGUCUUUUUAAUCAAAACACUGUGGUGAAAAGGGAGAGGGACACAAAGCCCCCUCUCACGCCUCGGCGGAACUGGAUUCUAUGGGGCACCCAAAAUUGACAACCCUACCAAAAAUGCAGACACAAGAAGCUAAUGAGCACCAAGAUACGGGGCGAAGAUAACGUGUUUUGUUUUGGAGGUGUGCUAUAACAUCUGCCUGGCUUGAAGGGAGAGAAGAAAUGUCCGAAAAGCUACAUCGCUACAACAGCAAAAAGGGUCAAAGAUGGUCUGAAAGAUGGAGAAACCCAAGAGGGUUUUCCCGUAAUUGUGUUUGGUUUUAUCAUCACCUUUUGUGGUUUUUAUUUCCCGCGAAAGGGGAAAUUGUUUUGAUACCCCCCCAACUACACGCCAAAAAAAGUUGUAUGAAGCGUGUGUUUGUUUACGACUGCUGUUCCUCAUUUUUCUUUUGGGAGUCACGGUGUGGGAAAGAAAGGCUGGUUAUGACUCGCCCUCUUGCUGGGCUUGAGUCGCCGCUAGGGAAUGGGAUGGGUUCUCUGUACCGAGUACGCUGGGACGCAUUGCUCGAGGGUCAGUGGAAGCAGCAAAGGAUACAGAGAUUGGGUCGCCAGGCGGGUGAUAAGGACUAUCAUCUCAUCUUCGCCUUAAAAGAGCCGUAUAAUUAGUGCAUACAUGAUAUGCAACGCAGGACCCGUGCCUAUGUGCUCGGUAUUAUUCCCUCCA